AAAUAGCACACGCAUUCAAAUCGCUCCAGUUUUUUCCACAUAUUUUUCCGAAGAAGAAAAAUGUCAACCGAAAAUGUAUUAAACAAGUUGAAAGCAAUCAUUGAAAAAGCCAACAAAUCAAAUAUUAAUAUUCAACAACUGGCAUCUCUUGAAAACCAUUCGGCAAUAUCGAAUUUAUCAUUUUUUCGAUGUUUUUUCUUCGUUCCAAUCGUAUUGGGAUUUACUGUAUUUGUUCACAACAAAUUGUGGAUAAAUGGGGAAAAGUGUUUGAUAGCAUUGCCUGAUUCAUUGUCGCAUGCAUUUCGUCCGCCAGAAAAUUGUAACUUUUGCCGAAAUAUCACGCAAGCUGAUCGUGUUUCGAAUAUUUCACCACAUGAAUUUGAAAAAUAUUUUGCAUACAAUGCCAAACCAGUGAUUGUCACCGAUGCAACCAACAAUUGGACUGCUUUGGAUGUAUUUGAUUUUUGGUAUUUCAAAGAUGUAUAUGAUUCUUCAUUUACCGAAUCGGAACAAAUGAACUGCCAGUUCUUUCCGUAUAAAACUGAAUUCAAAUCACUUAGAGAGGCUUUGAAUAUUCCAUCAGAGCGUGUGAACUAUGAAAGUGGUACCGACCCGUGGUAUUUUGGAUGGAGUAACUGCAAUUAUGAAGUUGCUCAAGAGCUACGAAAACAUUAUGACCGUCCAUACUUUUUGCCAGACACGUCGGAGAAUAAUGCUAUCGACUGGAUUUUUAUGGGAGGUCCAAGUCUGGGCGCACACAUGCACGUUGAUAACGUUAGAUUGCCGUCGUGGCAGGCACAAAUUAAAGGCCAAAAAGAAUGGGUCUUGGCGCCACCACCCGAAUGCUAUUAUGAAUGCUCAACUUUUUCAACAAUCGUACGAACCGGAGAUAUUAUUGUAUUGGACACAAAUAAAUGGUAUCACAAAACCAUCGUAUUACCAGGCGAGAUUAGCAUUACCAUUGGUGCAGAGUAUGAUUAAAAAGAAAUAAUGAAAAUGGUG